AUGGCUCCGAGUCCGCACAUCGGCAUCAUCGGCGCAGGGAUUUCAGGCCUCCGGUGCGCCGACAUCCUCAUCCAAAAUGGAGCCCAAGUAACAAUCCUAGAAGCAAGAGAUCGCAUUGGUGGCAGAGUGCACCAAUCAACAGUUGGAGACCAUAUCGUGGAUAUAGGCCCCAAUUGGAUUCAUGGCGCGGGGGAGAACCCCAUCAUGACCAUAGCGGAAGAAACGGGGUCUGUCAUGUAUGAUCCCGAAGGUGGAGCGCAUAUCUCCUACUCGCGAGACGGCCACCCUAUCAACGACGAAGUGAGCGCUAAAGUCCAGGACUUUGUAUGGACCACUAUAGCAGAAGCCUUCAAAUACAGCAAUCACCAUGGAGAAAGCAUCCCCGUCGAGCAAAGUCUAUUCGAUUUCUUCUGCGAUCGAGUCCAGCAAACCAAAUUCUCAGAUGAAGAGAAACAGCUUUGUCUCGAUGCCUGUAGGCUUUGGGGUGCAUAUGUCGGUGAUCAAGUCGACAGGCAGAGCUUGAAAUUUUUCCGUCUGGAGGAAUGCGUGGACGGGAGCAACUUCAUCGUGGCAUCUACAUACAAGCGCAUUCUAGAGCACAUCGCCGAAACCGCCACUGCAAAAGCCGACAUCCGCCUCAAUGAACCUGUCACAAGCAUCAAAGCACCACCUCACAACAACCAAUCACCAACAAAGCACCGAGUAACCGUAACAACAGCCACAGGAACAAACUACAACUUCGACGACGUAGUCAUAACCUGCCCACUGGGCUGGCUCAAGCAAAACACCUCAGCAUUCACACCGGCUCUCCCGCCCCGUCUCGAACAAGCAAUCAACAACAUCUCAUACGGCCGACUGGAAAAAGUCUACGUGACAUUCCCGCGUGCCUUCUGGCACACCCAAAACACCAGCACCUCAACAACUCAAACGCAAACUCAGAAUACCGUCUUCGCCCAAUUCCUCGAACCAUCCUACUACACCCACCACCCAGCACACAUAGAAUGGAACCAAGAAUGCGUCUCGCUCGCCUCGUUCCCAGAACCACACGCCCAUCCCACCCUUCUCUUCUACACGUACGGCGACAGCGGCGCAGAGAUAGUAAACCGCAUUUCGGAGCAAGCGCCCUCGUCGCCCGAAUACAGGGAAUCUCUAAUCGACGUAAUGCAGCCCUUUUACUCCCGGCUCCCCGGGUACAGCGCGGAGAACCCGGAUUGUGUGCCCGUGGCGCUUCUUGCUACGCAAUGGCAGAAGGAUGUCUUUGCUGGGAAUGGGUCGUAUUGUAAUUUCCAGGUUGGGGUUGAGGAGGCAGAUGUGGAUGUUGAGGUUCUUAGGUCUGGGGAUGGGAUUGGUCCGGUUAGGGGUCUUUGGUUUGCUGGGGAGCAUACGGCGCCGUUUGUUGCGCUUGGGACUACCACUGGUGCGUUCUGGAGUGGGGAGAGGGUUGCGAGAUUGGUUUGUCAGGGGCUUGGGAUUGGGGAGGUUGGUGGGAUGGGGGUUAAGGAUGAUUCUUUGCCUUCUGCUGGGGAUGUGUCUUGA